GUUCUUUGGAUGUUGUUGUGGGGUCUUUUGUGACCUCUCAGAUGAGUCAUUGCUGCGCUCUUGGGGUCAUUUUGGUUGGCCGGCCACUCCUGGGAAGGUUCACCACUGUUCCAUGUUUUUGCCAUUUGUGGAUAAUGGCUCUCACUGUGGUUAGCUGGAGUCCCAAAGCUUUAGAAAUGACUUUAUAACCUUUUCCAGGCUGAUACGGUAGAUCUCAAUGACUUUCUCAUUUGUUCCUAAAAUCUCGGCAUGAUGUCUAGCUUUUGAGGAUCUUUUGGUCUACUUCACUUUGUCAGGCGGGUCCUGUUUAAGUGAAUUUUUGAUUGCGAACAGGUUUGGCGGUAAUCAGGCUCGGGCGUGGUUAGAGAAAUUUAACUCAGGUGUGAAAGUUCUGUUUUAAUGAGGGGUCAUCACUUUUUCACACAGGGCCAUGUAGGUUUGGAUUUUUUUUUCUCCCUUAAUAAUAAAAAGUUUCAUUUAAAAACUGCAUUUUGUGUUCGGCUGUGUUGUCAUUGACUGAUAUUUCCAUUUGUUUGAUGACCUGAAACAUUUAAGUGUGACAAACAUGCAAAAAACUAAGAAAUCAGGAAGGGGGCGAACACGUUUUCACACCGUCGUAUUUGCCAUGAUUCCGUCCCGCCUCAUCCAUCUUUUGUGUUGCAGUGCUCAGGUUUGGUGUUCCUGUGCACACCUGUAACCAAUCUGUGUUUACAUGCGACAGAGAGAUGCCACCCACCACACCACAUUGUUUUCUGUUUUCUUUUCCACUGUCUCGUUGUCGUUACCAGCUUUUGUUUCAUGCCAGGUAGUCCUGCCCGUUCCUUUGUCCUGCUCCGCGUUGUGAGUGUUUAUGGUUACCUUUGUUUACUUUAGUAUGGCUUUGCCCCGUUUCUUGGUUUGCUGCGUUUUCUUUGUUGCUUUCUCGCAGCAGCUCAGCUUUUCCUCAUUUUUGCUUUCAUUUUGCUGCCUUUUUCCCACAGCUCUUUUCUGUAGUAACAUUUUCAGGCUCUCACUCGUGACGUUCAUUGAUGCCUUCUUUUGGCACGGCUGUGUUUGCGCAUGUUUUCACUUGCAGAUCGAGUCUCCCUCCUUUUUUUCCACUGGGGAGGAAACCAGAGGGCGGGUCUUAGCGCUGAGUCAUUGCUGGUGCCCAGGCGGCUCACGCGAACUCAGAGUUAAAGAACUUGCUGAAGUCCAUUGGUGAGAUGUGCUUUUCCCAGCUGAAAGCGUGAAAUGGAUCAUCAAGACUGAGUCACAGGACGCCGCGCGUUUGUUUCCUCUGCUUUAACAUCCCAACAUGGCCGCUUAUGCCCUUGUCACAGAGAACUUUAAGUUUGCGUCUCUCUUCUUCAAGAGUAAAGAUGUGAUGAUCUUUAAUGGUCUGAUCGCUCUGGGCACUGUGGCCAGCCAGACCGCGUACAACGUUUUCGCCUUUGAUUGUCCGUGCUCCCCCGGGAGGAACUACUACUACGGCCUGGCUGCGAUUGGCGUUCCAGCGUUGGCGUUUUUCAUUGUGGGGAUCAUAUUGAACAAGAGAACGUGGGACCUGGUGUCAGAGUUCCGACUCAGAAAGUUCCGCAAGCUGUCGGCGGCGGCGGCAUCGGCGGUAUUGGGAAGCAUUCUGGGUCGAGCCGUGGUGGCGCCGCUGACAUGGACCGUUCUCUCCCUGCUGCAGGGUCUGGCAUACACGUGUGCUUUAAGUGAGUUUACUGAUCCCAGGACAGUGGAGGGCUUCCCCGCAGGUCAGGACUCAGACAUCAUGGCGAUGUUCCCCUGCAAGGAAAGUCUUCCAGCAGAGCUGCAAGGCUUCUGGGCAGAAAUUGACCGGCGUCUCAAAUAUGAGUCACAGCUGAUAGGCUGGAUGGUGCUGGCUGGAAUGUCUCUGACGGUGUUCCUGAUUAUGUGCACCAAGCGAUGCUUCUCGCCCCUUGGCUACCAGCAGGAGGAAUACUGGUCCAAGUAUCGCUCCAGCGAAAAGGACCUCUUUCACCGCACAGCAGACGUGCACGCCAACAUCCUGGCUGCAAAGCACGUGAAGAACUUCUUUGGUUUUGUGGCUUUGGGGAAGGAGGAGAAGGAACAAAUUGCCGAGCACCAGGAAGCCACCAGUCCCAUCUGUAGCAGAGAGUGGAACAGAGUGACUGGCGUCUACCUCUACAGGGAGAAGAACGGUCUACCGCUCUACAGCAGGCUCAACAAAUGGGCCACAUACGGCCAGGAGGACAACGUGGACGCUCUUGAUAAAGAAAUGGAAGUAUUUAUUAGUUAGCGUCGUCCCGACUUUUUUCUUCUCAUGUGCAUUUCAGGCUCCGGAACACACGGGUUCACUUGUCUUGACUGUCCGUAAAAAGGCACCUUUAGACUUCGGCUUAGACAGACUUUAUUGAUCCACAAGGGAAAUUGCUUUGUUACAAUCGCUCAAUUGCAGAAGAAAUAGAAAAAACUCUUACUGUAAAUAAAAUGCAGUGCCAUAUGAACAAAAUAUAACAAAAUAAACGGAAUAUAAGAUAAACAAGAUUUACAUAUUUAUAAAUAGUGUGUAAUAAUGUAGUAAAUGUCCACUUUAUACAAGGAGGGCAGACUACAGCGCAAUAAUGUCGUGAAUGAUCUUUUACAGACAGGUGUGGUAUUGUAGAUCUGGAUGAAGUCCUGUAGCGUUCACUGUGGGAACGGAACUGGAGGAGUCUGUUGGAAAAUGAGCUCCGAUGCGCCUCUAUUGUCCGAUGGAGUGAGUGGGUGGGGUUGUCCGUGAUGGAGAGCGGUUUGUCCAGUGUCCUCGUGUCUCCCACUGCUACGAACACCUCCAACUGAGUGCCGAUAACUUGUUCGGCUUUCCGGAUCAGUUUGUCCAAGUGGUUUAGAUCAUUGUUGCUGGUGCUGCUCCCCCAACAAACCACAGCAGAGUACAGGGCACUGGCUACCACAGACUGGUAGAAGAUCUCUUGCAGCUCGCUGUACACAUUGAACAAUGUGUGCAGCAGGUAAAUGUUGUAACAGUAUCAAAGUUGCAAGUACUGUAUCUGUGUUGUGUCUAAAACAUCAGAAAUGUUCCUUGCAGAUCAGAUGUACACGAUACACUGGAGCCUACUGUACAUUUUCGUCCGCAACGGUUGUCAAAGGAUUCCAUUUUCGACAAAAAACACUUCAAAAUAUGUCUUGAGUUUCGUACACAGUCUUAUCGUACGGCCAAACGCACACAGAACGCACACACUUAUUUCAAGCACGGCGCAGUGCGCUGAUGAGAUGUUCAAGGCGCACUGCGUAAUUCGUAAGUGUUAGCGGAAAUGGGCUUUGUGAUUUAUCAUUAUAUUGCUUUGUUUACGUUAUGAUGUCUUUUCUGUUAAUAUUGGGUGUCUGGAACGGAUUAAUUGGAUGUACAGUCGUCCCUCGUUUACAGCACAUAAUUGGUUCCAGACCCGACCGUGAUGAAUGAAUAUCCGCGAUAUAGGAUUCAUUGUCGACUAGAAAAGCACUCGGAGAGCACAGACCUCUGCCAAGCACCAUAGUUCCCUCCAUAUUAUGAUUAAUAUUAGUCCUACAUUUAUUUGAUCUACAUAUUUCCAUUCCUUGACCAUGAAAACAUCCCAUUAGCAACUGAAUUCAUCAUGAUAUCAAUAUUAGUUCAGUAGUUCUUCACAAAAAUCUAAUUUUCUGUAAUGGCGGUUUUCUUCUGGAUCUAGUUCCAUAGCUUUUGAAGACAACAACAAAUCCGUUGGCACACAAGAGAUUCCACAGUGCCUUGGCUGUAUAUAACGGUGUUUAUUGUAGGUUUAUAGCUUCAUUUGUUGUCUUCCUAUGAUGAGAAUUCCAAAGAUCCCCUAUUUUUUCAUUGUGUGGAUCAUAGUAUGAGGAAUUAUUCCAUAAUGUGGAUCAGUCUUUGAUAUUUUGUAGUACCUGUUGGAAACCUGUCCUGUAUUUCUUUCCAAGUGCUCUGACCAUUUUUUGUGGAGUUAUAUGCACAAAUGCAGAAAAUGGUCCUAUCUCACAAUGUUAAAGAACCCUUUAAAAAAUUCCUGAAUCCAGACAGUGAUCCGGAUCACCCCCAAAAUGUAACCCCUUCUUCCAUAUCCCAUUUCCCACAAUUUCCUGAAAAUUUCAUCCAAAUCCAUUCAACUUUUCUAGUUAUUUUGAACACAAACAAACAGAUGAAUGCUCGCAAAAACAUAACUUCUUGCCGGGGGUAAUAAAUGGAAUAUUUUUGUAGUUAAGAGUAUAGAAAAUGUGUUUAGGACUUUCUAAAUACAGUUUUUAGCAUGAUUAGAGCCAUGUACACAUGAAAUAACACGCCUAUAGCCACCUUUGCACUCCUAUUAUUCUUUGUUUACAACACAUUGCACAACUCUUAGGCUGCAGGGACUUGAUAUGGCCGCUUGCUAGCAAGCUAGCGAGCUAACCGGUUAGCCACGUAUUUAUUUCUUCUAAACUCAGGAAGCCAAAAACUUUACCAUUUCGACACAGAUUUUUUUUCACCCUAUCAUGUCAGACAUGCCAUGGCUGACUUCAUGCAGUGUUCAGGUAAUGUAAUGUAAGGUAAUGUGUCAACGUGUUGUGUCAUUACUGCUGCCCAGUGACCAGAAUACUACAUAUCACUUGUAUUUCAAUGUGUUUGGACUAAUACUAGACCACAGUCUACCAUAGUCUGGAUUAUAGCUUCGUUCAUGUGUACACUGUCGCUUUUUAAACAGCAUUUGUGGAGUUGUAUCUAUUUUUAUUGCUCCUUUAUUUGCAUUGUUCAAUGUACAAUCUUUUUACUUUUUUUUUUACUGUGUUUUUUUUAGGGAGACCAUUUUUUUUUAUUUGUUGAGGGAUAACAAAUGAAAAAUAGCCUUUUGGUUAAUUCUGGUGCAUUUGAAGCAAUGCUAA